AUAUAUUUGCCUAUUUAUAUUGCAACUUCAAGCAACUUCAAGCAAGUGUAGAAGUCUAAAUCAACUUCAAGCUCCUCCCAUAUUGUGUCAUGGAGGACAAGCUGCCGCUGGCUCUGACCGUACUGUCAGUGUCCGUGCUCAUCGCCGUCGUCAUCUCCAAGCUGGUAUCAUAUGCCACCAAGCCAAGGCUCAACCUGCCGCCGGGGCCAUGGAAGCUGCCGGUGAUCGGCAGCCUCCACCACCUCGUGGGGAGCCACGCCAUCCACCGGUCGAUGCGCGCGCUCGCCGAGAAGCACGGGCGCCACCACCUCAUGCAGAUAUCGCUCGGCGAGGUGUUCGCCGUGGUCGUGUCGUCGCCGGAGGCGGCGGAGGAGAUCCUCAGGAACCAGGACGUCACGUUCGCCGACCGCUUCCUCAGCACCACCAUCGGGGUGAUCACCUUCGGCGGCAACGACAUGGCCUUCGCGCCCUACGGCGAGCGGUGGCGGCAGCUCCGGAAGCUGUGCACGCUGGAGCUCCUGUCCGCCGCGCGGGUGAGGUCGUUCCGGCGCAUCCGCGAGGAGGAGGUGGCGCGCCUGGUCCGGGACCUCGCCGCGUCCGCCGCCGCCGGCGAGGCCGUGAACCUGAGCGGCAGGAUCGCGAAGCUCAUCAACGACGUCGUCGUGAGGUGCUGCGUCGGCGGCCGGAGCGAGCACCGCGACGAGUUCCUCGACGCCCUCCGCACCGCGUUGGACCAGACGACAUGGCUCACCGUGGCCGACGUCUUCCCGUCGAGCAAGCUCGCGCGGAUGCUCGGCACGGCGCCGCGCAAGGCGCUCGCCAGCCGGAAGAAGAUAGAGCACAUCUUGGAGCAGAUCAUUCAAGAACGAAAGAGGAUCAUGGACAGGAGCAGCCAUGGCGGCGACGGCGACGGCGAGGCGAUGAACACGAGCGAGUGCUUCUUGGAUGUCCUGCUGAGGCUUCAGAAGGAUGGCAACACACCAAUCCCAAUUACUAACGAAGUCAUCGUCGUGCUUUUAUUUGACAUGUUUUCAGGGGGCAGCGAGACAUCAUCUUCCACAUUAAUCUGGACAAUGGCAGAACUCAUCAGAAAACCAAAAGUAAUGGCAAAGGCUCAUGUUGAAGUGCGGCAAGCUUUCCAAGGAAAGAACACCAUCACAGAGGAUGACGGUGUAAACGAGUUGACCUAUCUCAAAAUGGUGAUUAAGGAGUCAUUGAGGAUGCACUGCCCAGUGCCCCUUUUAGGCCCUCGUAAAUGCCGAGAGACAUGCAAAGUUAUGGGCUACGACAUACCGAAAGACACAACUGUAUUUGUGAAUGCAUGGGCAAUAUGCAGAGACCCAAAAUAUUGGGAUGAUGCCGAAGAGUUUCAACCAGAGAGGUUUGAGAACAAAAGUAUCGACUUUAAAGGAAGUAACUUUGAAUUCCUUCCAUUUGGAUCGGGCCGUAGAAUGUGUGCGGCUAUGAACCUUGGCAUUGCAAAUGUAGAGCUCCCCUUAGCUAGCCUUCUGUAUCAUUUUGAUUGGAAGUUGCCUGAUGGAAUGAUGCCUGAAGAUGUUGACAUGCAGGAUGCACCUGGAAUACUUGUAGGUAAACGCAGUAGCCUAAUUAUGUGCCCGGUUACACGUGUUGCUCCAAGCAACCCACAAGUGAUAGCAUCAUAGAUAACUCAUCCUUUGUGGUAGAUAAUAACUUGAACGGUUUGUACUGGUGUGUAAUCAAGUUUUGUAUCAAAUAAUUAAGGUGUAAUGGAAGACGGAUUUACAUAAUUUGGCUCCCAUGUAGACAAAGGGCAGAAGACCA